CUUGUUCCCUCCGCCCCACUAUGAUCUCAGCGACUCGGCCAUGACAUCACAUCCGCCUCUGGAUCCCAGUAUAAAGAUGGCUCUGACCAGCGCUGACCACCUUCCUAUCCACCCUCCAACUCAAAUCAACCUUUCCUCCACAAAACACUCCCAUCAUGACUGGAUCUCAGGCCCAAUCUUCCGUCGGUGGCGGCAACCUCUACGUCGACGGUGACCAGCGCACCGCUCCCCAGUCCGAGCAGGGACGUCCCGCCUACAAGCAGGGUGAGCCCGGCAGCCACAGCAACCUUGACUCCAAGGACCAGCGCUCCAUCGCCAACAAGCUCGCCUCGCAAGAGCGCAAGCCCGAACCCGGCAACUACAAGAACGGCGUCUACGACCCCGAGGCCGAGCUCAGCAAGAAGAACCCCACGCAGCCGGCCGUCAACCACGGCAACGAGCCCUCGAAGGGCGCUCAGAUCGACCGCGAGCUGCAGCUCGAGGACGAGCAGCGCCUGCACGAGAAGGGCAUCAAAUAAAUGCGUCGAUGAGAUAUGAUUGAUUUCUUUGCGUAAUGUGUCGGGUUUGAAAUGAGGUUUUGGCAUUUCUGGGUUUAGCAUCGGUUGUAUUAUUAGCUAUGGGAAUGAAACCUAUGAGUCC